CUGGUACGUGUGUAGCUACUGUAUUCCCGUUCUAAUGUUAAAAGCUGCUGUCCUGCUGGUCAGCUGUUCUUCCUCUGUCGCGUGGAGCAUUAUGUGGAUACUGUCUGUUUAGCCGGACAUCGGGGUCUCUGUGUCGGAGGUCACUGAGAUGGAAAGUGGGACUUCUGCCGUCAGCCUUCAGCCAGCGGCGUAAUUAACUUAGUCUGAUACACAGUUUAACUGUCCAUCUGCAUAUUUUAAAAUAUCCUACUAACGUGGCUUUACUUUAGAUUUUCGCUGUGUAAAACAAAUGGUGGAGGAUAGAGCAGCUACAAAGUUUGCUUUUUCUUCACGUCAGAGUUCCACCUCUCGGGUCUUCGUGUUGUAAACAGACUCUGGCUCCAUGUUAAACUAUGCCAGAGUCAUCUUUACUGCUGCUGUUGUUCUGUCAGUGUUUGUUGGAAAAACUGUGGGCUUAAUGUUGUGAAACUUGUUAUUCACAUGCUACUCCUAUAUAUGAUUGUAUUGCAGGUCUGUUUUUAGUCACAAAGGUUACAGAGUGAUGUAUUAAUUGAAGCAAAUAAUUUGUGUCAAGGAUUUUGUUUUUAUAAUUCAGUUAUCUAAAUUACUAGAUGACUGGUUGCUACACUAAUAUCUGCACAGUUCAAAUAACUGUGUCUGCAUAGGACAGGGCUGUAGAUGAACUUUGUUAGCUUAUAGUACUGGUGGUAACAAGGUUGCCAGUUUUGUAGCACAGAGCAAAAAGUUGUAGUGCAAGCAUGAAAUGUGGUGUUUUUUUUGUUUGUUUUUUAACAUUGUGUCUUUUAAAUAUCUUGUUUGACAUGACAUAAGAAUUAUCUGAUUCACUCUUUUUCACUGCUUCUGAGCAGUAGUGACACAAUAAAAGCUGUGCCUUCACUUGCUGUUGUACUUAUAAACCUUUCCUUUCCUUUCAGACGUACCUUCAGUUGGUGCAGGUUGUGUGUUUGUUUUGUCCUGAUGGGCUGGUUUUCUUUUAAAGGUUUAAAAUAUUGCUCCAUUAUUUUCAGCGUGAAAAUAUGCUUUUGAAUUCCAACUGCUUCUAUAAGGAGAAACUAGGUGCGUGCAUUGGUCAUGUGUGAAUCUUUCCCCAAAAAAUUUUUCCUGAAGGUUCUGUGGGCCUCUUCUAUGAACUCUGAACUUUAAUUCUUUUCAUAAAUUUUCAAUUGCUGAAAAUUCCACCCUUGUUUUAUCUUCAUCAUCCUGGGAGAUGGUAGCAGACUUUUUUUUCUUCUUUUUUUUAAAUCAAGAAUGUCUCUGUACAUUUUUAGGACUGCACUCUUUUGGACAGGGAUCUUGUGUGGGAUCAGCACUGAGGGUCACUGCACCGAGUGCUUUGAUUACCAAAGGGAUCACUGUUGCCUUCACUCUCCACAUCUUCUUGAGUUCUUCUCUGAGCCCUUGGUACUUCUUGAGCUUCUCUUGUUCCUUUUUCCUGAUGUUGCUGUCAUUCAGAAUAGCAAUCACUGAGGCCAUCUUCCUCUACUUGUCCACCACUACUAUGUCCAGUUGGUUAGAUAUCAUCGGUUUGUCCAUCUGUAUCUAAACUCCCACGGGAUCUUAGCUCGGCAUUCUCAACCACCCUAGGAGGCGUAUCCCAUUUUGACCUCAGGACUUCUAGGUCAUACUCAGCACAGACGUUCCUGUAUACUAUGCCGGCCACUUGGCAGUGUUCCACGUAUGCUCUGCCUGCUAGCAUCUGGCACCCUGCUGUUAUGUGCUGGAUUGUCUCAGGGAUUUUGCCUGGUAUGGUAGACCCCAGCCUCUAUCAAUCUUCUGCUCAGAGCUCGAUUUCUCUUUCACUUCUUUCAUACAGCUUGAUGUCAACCAUGUAGAGGAGGUGGCUGACAAUUGCUCCAUGCUGUAAUCUGUAUCCGUAGACGGUCUCGUCAGUGAUCUCACUGAGGGGUUCAGGCCUAUGCAGAACAGCAGUUGGGACAGGUUAUCUCCUUGGUAGAUCCCACACUUGAUGUUGACUCGUGCAAUUGGCUUGAAGUUGGCCUCUAGUAUUGUUCAUCCCAUCCCCUGAAGGCAUCAAAACUAUGAAUGAACAGAUGUGGAAUUAUGUAGUAAAUGAAAAAGUGUGAAAUAACUCAAAACAUGUUUUAUAUUUAUACAUGUUUUAAUUACUCUUAAGUGAAGUCAAAUAAAAUAAGAUGAAUAUGCAAUUUAAACUAAGGCUUAAAAAUGUAUCUUUACUCCGUCUUCUCAGAAGCCUUUAUAUGUUUUUGUACUCGUGUUUCUGUGUGUUAAAGUGUGCAAGUGAAUGAGUGUCUGUAAGCCUUUAUAGGGAAAUGUGGUGGUUGCACUGAAGAGAAGCAAACAUAUCAGCAUUCUGAAGUUUGCCCUGUGUUUUGAUGCAGAGUUUUUGUGCUGCUGAAAACAAGAUGUAAUGAUGGUGCAGAUGUUAAUUAAUAUAACAAUAAUUCACUGUCCCACCUAAAAUCCCUCAUGUCAGUGACUCAGAGUUCUACUGGCCCAUAUUCAUUUUUAUUGGCUUGUGAAAAAAGCUUUAAUUUUUAAAUAUUAACACAACUUAAUUGAGACAGUAUUUUAUAUUAUUUCACUUUUAAUCUUAAAAAUGUCAUGAAAACCUUGAAAUAAAAAUCUGGUCUAGUACACACCAUGCCCCCUUUGGACUCACCCCUGUUUGCUUCAAAUUAAAAUAGGACGGCUGCUGCCAGCCAGGCUGUCUUUAUAUUAAACCGUAAUCAUUUACAGGACUCACUACUAUCUUGUGAACUGCUGCCAUCCUUCUGUCACAAGUCACCCUGACACUAUUCAUCUCCACUCAUUCCAUGAUGCCUGCACUCUUUUCUUUAUAUUUCUGACACACUUCUGGUUCUUUUCUAUGGUUGAUCCCACUAGCUCUGCUCCUACCUCUACUCCUUGGAUGUUGACCUUUUCAGCUGUCUCCCUCUGAAGCUGGUUUUAUGGUCGAGCAGAGGUGGUUUCGCUUCAGUCCGGGAUGGCCCCUCUGCCUGCAGGGAGCUCUGCUGUCGUGUUGUUAGUCUGUCAGGCAGCCGUGGGGAAGACCAAAUGUGUAACAUACAAAAAAAGUGACUUGAAACAGAGUGUUAGAAAUAAUGAGACGUGUCCACUGCAGCCCUCGUUUGUGCUUUACAAGCUGUAUUUUUUGAUCUUUGAAAUGUUUUUUUCCCCCUCAGUUCUCCUUUUCCCGGUAAACUCCACUAUACCAUAAAACCAGCUUUAUUUAUACUCAUGUAUUCUGUUUUGCUGACUUUCAUCCCUCUUCUCUCCAUUUCAUACCUCCACGUCUCCGGGCUCUCUUGCAGCUGCUCCUUGCUCUCUCUGCAGAUCACAAUGACACCUGUGAACAUCAUAGUCCAUGGAGUAUCAUACUAUCACCACUGUAAACAAGAAAAGGUGACGGCUGUCAUGUAGUUAGGCCUUUUACUUCAUGGAUUUUGAGUCUUGAGGAUUUUGAACAUUUAGUUUUUCUCACUAUUUGACUAAGUUCCUAGACAUUCUAUUAUGCAUGUCUAAUGCAGUUCAAUAAUGAAUAGUACUAGGUUGAGAAAACUCUUGUUUUUCUAAACUCCAGUCAAAAUGCAAUUUGUGUGAGAAUGAGAGACUCACCGAGAAAUUAGGAAUAGCAAGUAAAACCAAAGGGGCCAAGGGUUUGUGCUGGUAACAGAAGAGCCACCCUGUCAGUAGGUUGGCAGCGCCUGAGGCAGCCAGGGCGUGAGGAUGACUAGCCUGUUUAAACGCAGCAGUAGCAAUGGAGGCUCCAGAAGCAGCGGAAAUGGAGGUGGGGGUGGCAGUGGACAGGGGCAGCUUAACAAUAGCAGGCCAAGCCGACAGGUCAGACGCCUGGAGUUCAACCAGGCCAUGGAGGACUUCAAGACCAUGUUCCCCUCUAUGGACUAUGAGGUGAUAGAGUGUGUGCUGCGAUCCAACAAUGGAGCUGUGGAUGCUACCAUCGACCAGCUGCUGCAAAUGAGCAUUGACGGACAGGGCUCAGAUGACAGCUCAGACUCGGAUGACAGCAUCCCACCAGAGAUAUUGGAGCGAACUCUGGAGCCUGACAGUUCAGAUGAGGAGGCACCUCCAGUUUACUCUCCACCAACAUAUGACAUGCACAUUUAUGAUAGGAAAUACCUAGAAGCCCCACCAACACCAUCUCCACGAUCUAAAGCCCAGCCUCCUUCAGCUCACCAGCAGGUCAGAAGCUACCGUAACUGGAAUCCACCAUUGCUUGGAAAUCUCCCUGAUGAUUUUCUACGGAUUCUUCCACAGCAGUUAGACAACAUUAAGAGCUCUCAGAACAGUCUGUCUCAGCUGUCAUCGUCCUCCUCGUCAGUUUCUUCAUUAAGUCAGUGGACAGUGCAGUCUGGUUCUGGGUAUGCUGCAGGAACCACUGGGGGUCCUGGUUUAAUAACAGCAGCUACAGAGCAAGACAAGAAACUGAAACAGUAUCUGGAAGAUGAGCGUAUUGCGCUGUUCCUGCAGAACGAAGAGUUUAUGAGAGAGCUGCAACGCAACCACGAGUUUCUCACUGCCUUAGAGAAAGAUCGCUUGAAGUAUGAGUCAAAGAAAUCAAAGUCCAAUCAUUCAACUAGCUUGGAGAAUUCCACAGGAGACCAGUACUCUGGAGCUUCCAUGGAGGCCAUCUCAGAUGAUGUGUUCAGAGACAAACUCAAACACAUGGGCAAAUCAACAAGAAAGAAGCUGUUUGAAAUUGCCAGAACAUUUUCAGAAAAGACAAAGAGAAGAAAGUCAAAAAGGAGGACACUCCUGAAGCAUCAUUCAUUGGGCACAGCCAACUCUACAGCCAAUCUUCUUGAUGAUGUAGAAGGACACCACUGUGAGGAAGAUGGCCAGCCUAGAAGAGCAAACACUCAGGAAGAAACUGAAAAACGCAGUGAGCCAAUAUCAUGAUCCUCCCGUGCUGCUCCAUAUCGGUUUCCAAGGUGACUACAGCAUGACCCAUGGGCAGUGGUUUUCUAGUUUGUGUUGUUCCUACUUGCUCCUGUCCAAAUCAUCUGAAGAGUUAAGACACCCGUACCCAUCCCUGAAAGAGGAAUCAGACUGUUCCCUGCCACUGGGCAAAAACUUUGUAAAUGCAUAAUCUCUGUGUUCUAACAUUUUAUUGAUAUAUCAUUUAAACAUAAAGGAACACACGUUAUUCCUUACAGUAUUUGUUGAUGACUUCUUUUAAUCCACUGUGGAGGAAUACUAGCGUAGUGAAGCUCUUUCCAUACAAACCCUUCUCCAGUCCUGUACGACAGCAUACUAGGCAUUUCAAAUCCAAAGUGUGAACAUGCAUCUUUAUAUACACUAAACCAUGUAGGGCUUUUUUUUUGCUUUUUUUUUUUUUUACCUCAUUUUCUCAAGCAGAUUGUAAUAUUUAGCUUUAUGUAACUGAAUUUAUUUGGUGUACAAAUAUUGUGGUUGUCUGUGGCUGCCUAAAUGUCAAAAUGUCACCAUGGACAAAAUAACCAUUAGGCUAUGUUUUUAAAGAAUGGUGUUCUGGCAAAUAAGGGUGUUGCAGGGUAUGGAGCAGUUUACUAGUUGGUUUUUUUUUGCUUUUUGUUUGUUUGGCAAGGUGAAAUUUUUCAGUUUGCGUGGUUGUCUAUUUCAGUAGUACUGUAGGCACUGUGCUGUUCGAACAUUAACCCAGGGUGACCAAGCCAGGGAAAACAUCAGCAUCUUAUUAGGCUUAACUGGUACACAAAAUCCUUCACAUACAUUAUUGUCUAACCCAGUCUGAAUGCAAAUUUGUGGCUUUUAGGCUAUGGGCAUUUAAAGGUAAAAUGACAGGAAUGACUAAAUUUGACUAAAAUCUUCACAGUCACCCCUCCCCAUUGAGUUUGGGCUUUGAUUUUGGCAUUUGUCGUUGUUGCCAUCUUGUUUUAUUUUAUUUUUAAUAUAUGAUCGAAACCCAACAGUGGAGAUGGGAAGUUAUCAGCUAAUACUACCUAGUUUAGUUGGCGAGGUUCAUCCAUUAAUGACUUCAAUGUCAAUUGGGAUAGCAAUUGUUGCUAGUGAAAAUAACAAGAUGUACUCAAAGGAAAAAGUGAACACUGAACAAGACAUUUUUGUAAAACUUGUAAUUUGUGUAUAGCAGCAAAUCACUGACUGCCUGGAAGGUAGGACCAACAACCAAUAUGUUGAAAUAUUGGGAAGUUGAUGAGGGUUCUCAUCUUGUUCACGGCUUCACUUUGGUAGCUUGAACCCGACGCACAUUCCACCCUUAUCGUGUGAAGCCUGUUAUUGGUAGGUGACAGAGGAAUCAGGUCCUAAUUAGGUGCCAGGUUUCCAAAAAUCUUCAUGCAAGAUCAUUUUUUGUCUUUAUUUCCUGAAAGAAAGCAUAUUUACAAGUGAUGGUUCUACAAACAAUGAGAUGGUUGUGAUUUCUGUCGUGAUGGGUGGGUGGGUUUGCGAAAUGUAGUGGCUGAACAAAAUGACAACAGAAAAAAUGUUUAUGGGAUUUUCAUCUUCAUCUUUCUACCGUUUUUAUUUGCACAUGUAGCUGUGAACCUAGUAUGGAUUAAUAAUUGUAAUGUUGGGAAGAACAAAAGAAAUCAAACAAUAUGUAACUGCUUAAAUUUAACAAAUGGGUCUUAAAAAAGUAUUGCAACCAGUUUGAUGACCUGGUGAUACCUGUUUUCUCAUCAUUGCAUGAUAAAGUAAUCAGAUAAAAUAUUCAGAUGUGAUUCAAGGAUUGAACUUAUAUUUGGCACCUUGUCCCCUGAAUCCUUAAUAUGAGGUCCAGAGAUCUUGAUGCGCAUGAAGGAGGCCAUAAUUUGGCUUAAAAACCAACUUAAAUCUAUCAGAGAGCAAGCAAGAACUUUAGCAGUGACCAUAUCAGAGAUGUGGUACAUUCCUAAAAAGCAGGAAUGCACUGGCCACAGAAGACAACUAAAGUGGAUGCUUGUUGUACUCUUUCUUUGGUUCAGAAAAACACAACAUCUAGCCAUCUGCCUAUGAUUGUCAUUGUCUACAAUCAAGACAUUCCUUCACGAAUGUGAAUACAGGUUUACAACAAGGUCCAAAUACUGGUUACACUCAAGAGCAGGGAGUUAAAAAUUGAAAAAGCCAGAAAACCUCUUACGGAGCCAAGAGGUCUUCUCUGGGGAAAAAUACAAUCCUUUCCUUUGGACAGAUGAAAUCAAGAUGAACUUGUACUAGAAUGAUGGGGAAAGGAAAUUAUUGAGAAGGUGACUGCAGUGAAUGCUGAUAGAAACAGUACAGGGAGUGCAGAAUUAUUAGGCAAGUUGUAUUUUUGAGGAAUAAUGUCAUUAUUGAACAACAACCAUGUUUUCAAUGAACCCAAAAAACUCAUUAAUAUCAAAGCUGAAUGUUUUUGGAA